AUGCCGACGCCGCUCUUCCUCCUCCUCCUCCUCCUCUUGGUCCUGUCUUGCUCCGCCGCCGCCCGCUCCUCCUCGACGGUGAGCUUCACUCCGGCAGACAACUACCUGGUGGAUUGCGGCGCGGGGAAGAGCCCCCAGCUCGCCGACGGCCGGACGUUCCGCUCCGACGCCCAGUCCUCCUCCUUCCUCUCCACCUCCGAGGACAUUCUGAUCGCCGCUGCCGGCGACAACUCCACUAAUGUUUCCGUCGCCCUUUCUCCGCUCCUGCUCUCCGCCAGGGUUUUCUCCGAGCGCUCCACCUACAGCUUCUUCAUCUCCAACCCUGGCCUUCACUGGCUCCGCCUCCACUUCUUCCCUCUUCCAGACCCGAGCUACAACCUCACCGGGGCCAUCUUCACGGUCACCACCGACUCCGUCGUCCUCCUUCGCGACUUCUCCCUGCCGGAGGCCACCCCUCUGGUCAAGGAAUACCUCCUCCCCAUCGAUGGGGACAGGGCCUCCCUCGUCUUCUCCCCCAAGAAGAGCUCCUUGGCCUUCAUCAACGCCAUAGAGCUGAUCUCCGCCCCCGACGCCCUCAUCCCCGACGGCGGCGCCGCCGCUCUCUCCUCUCCUCAGGGCCGGCGACGCCUCGAAGUACGCCCUCGAGGUGACGAACAGGGUCAAUGUCGGCGGCCCGGCCAUCGCCGCCGACGACACUUCCGGCGAACGUCCUCAAGGUGCCGUGGCAGCCCAGGUCGUCUCCACCAAGGUCGUGUUCCCCGAUGACGGUGCGGUGUCGCCGCUCAUCGCGCCGGCGGCGGUCUACGCGACGGCGGCGGAGAUGGCCGACGCCGACGUGGUGGACCUGGGGAGGUCGCCGUUGACCCAGGCUUCUCCUACCUGGUUCGGAUGCACUUCUGCGACAUCGUGAGCAAGAGCCUCAACACGCUCUACUUCAACGUCUACCUCAACGGGCUAGUCGGGGUGUCCGGGCUCGACCUGUCCGCGUUGACCUCGGGACUCGCCGUCCCCUACUUCAAGGAUUUCGUGGUCAACGCCUCCGCCGUGGCCGACUCGAGCAUCCGGAUCCAGGUAGGCCCCGCCGCCGGGAUGGACGCCGGCGCCCCCAACGCCAUCCUCAACGGGUUCGAGGUCAUGAAGCUGAGCAACUCGGCGGGGAGCCUCGACGGCUUCUUCUCCAUCGACGGAUCCUACCGCGGGGGGGACGCCGGUGCCCCCGCAGGCGGCGCCGCCUCGCGGAAGGUCGUCUCCGCCGUGGGGCUCUCCAUGGCGGCGGCGGCGAUUGCGCUGCUGGGGGUGGGCCUGUACAGGUGGAGGAGGAGGCCCGACGACUGGGAGAGGCGGAACAGCUUCUCCUCGUGGCUGCUCCCCCUCCACGCGAGCCAUUCCACCUUCUCGAGCAGCUCCAGCAAGGACGGCGGCUCCCACCGGCGGCAGAGGUUCGGCUCCAACAAGAGCAAGAGCGGCUACUCGAGCUUCUUCGCCUCCGGCGCCGCCCUCGGCCUCGGCCGCUACUUCACGUUCGCCGAGUUGCAGGAGGCCACCCGCAACUUCGACGACAAGGCGGUGCUCGGUGUCGGAGGGUUCGGCAAGGUCUACCUGGGGGAGCUCGACGACGGCACGAAGCUCGCCGUCAAGCGGGGGAACCCCUCCUCGGAGCAGGGGAUGAACGAGUUCCAGACGGAGAUUCAGAUGCUCUCCAAGCUCCGCCACCGCCACCUCGUCUCCCUCAUGGGCUACUGCGAUGAGAACUCGGAGAUGAUCCUCGUCUACGAGUACAUGGCCAACGGUCCUCUGCGCGACCACCUCUACGGCGGGGCCUCCCGCCCUCUCCUCUCCUGGAAGCAGCGGCUCGAGAUCUGCAUCGGCGCCGCACGCGGCCUGCACUACCUCCACACCGGCGCCGCGCAGGGGAUCAUCCACCGCGACGUGAAGACCACCAACAUCCUCCUCGACGAGAACCUGGUCGCCAAGGUCGCCGACUUCGGGCUGUCAAAGGCGGCGCCCACCGUCGAGCAGACCCACGUCAGCACCGCCGUCAAGGGGAGCUUCGGGUACCUCGACCCCGAGUACUUCCGGCGGCAGCAGCUGACAGAGAAGUCCGACGUCUACUCCUUCGGCGUGGUGUUGUUCGAGGUGCUCUGCGCUCGCCCCGCCAUCAACCCAGCUCUGCCGAGGGAGCAGGUGAACCUCGCCGAAUGGGCCAUGCAGUGCCACCGUAGGAAUCAGCUGGAGAAGAUCAUCGAUCCGCACCUGGCAGGCACCAUCGCCGCCGCCUCCCUGAAGAAGUACGUUGAGGCGGCGGAGAAGUGCCUGGCCGACUGCGGCGUCGACCGGCCCUCCAUGGGUGACGUGCUCUGGAACCUCGAGUACGGGCUGCAGCUGCAGGAGGCCUCCCCGGGCCAGCCCGAGGAGCGCUCCUCCCUCUCCGCCAUCGACGAGGUCUCCGAGAUCGUCCCCCCCGCCCCCGACGCCGCCGCCGUCGACGAUGACGAAGACUCAGUCGCCAUUGUCGCCUCUCGGAUGGUUCAGGGGAGGUGA